UGUCUUAUUUUUGAGGUGCCCAGAGGUAAAAUUCAUGCUGAUAAAGCAGUGCGUAUAUUUGUCAAAUUCUCAGAGAUUGAGGCAGCUAGAAGAGCUAUUACAGAUUUGAACGGUCGAUUCUUUGGUGGUAGGAUAGUAACGGCGUCAUUUUUUGAUAAUGGAAGGUUUGAAAGAUUGGAUUUGGCUCCAUUGCCUGAAGAGUUCCUUUAAAUCAUUUAUGCGCCGCUUUAAUGGAAAACACCCAAAACGUCAUAAGCAUAAAAACACCAACUCAGGGUUAUUUUUUUUUUUUUAUAUAUAUAUAUUUUGUAUCCCUUUUUUUUACUCUCUCUCUCUCUCUUAUUAUCAACUAAAAUGAAAGGGCUUGAUUAUGACCUCCAUUCACGCAUUCUCGUAAGCCUUGCUGGUGUUUUAGCUGAUUCACGAGCAAAAACAACUGUGGAUGAAGUUGAAAGGCUUAUUUCAAAAUGUAUCACUGUUCCUAUAGUACCAAUGGAAGAUAUUACCGUAUUCACUUCCUCCGAAGUUAGCAUAGGCCGUAUGACCUACCGUUAUCAACAAACGUUAGAUGCAUUAGUCAAGUAUACAGUGCAUGCUGAAGAUUCAAAACAAGUUGAGCUUGUUCCACGUAUUUUAAGUUAUCUAAAACAUUUACCCGUCUAUGAAUGGGACGAUAUUAUUUUACCUAAAGGCUACACAACGCCAGAUAGUACUACCUACACUUUGAUUUCUGGUCUUUUAGACUUGGCUUUUCAGCAACCGGAAUUAGAAGAAAUCAUUUAUAAAACCUUGUGGAAUUAUGGACGGUGUAUCAUAGAUUUGAUAAAUACCAGCAAUAGUAAGCGCUAAAACACACAACUUAAUGUUAAAAGAAAAAAAGAGAAAGAGAGAGAGGGUAUCUAACCGUUUAAACCCCCCCCCCCAAAAAAAAAGCCGAUUACACUGU